AUGCGUUUCUCCGCUGUUGCCGUUGCCGCCCUGGCCACCCAGGCCGCCGCCUACAGAGCCGACCGCCCUUCCGGCUCCUACUGGGGCUGGGGUAACUUCGGUGGCGGAAAGUGGGGCGCCGUGACCUCCACCAUUACCGUUCCCGCUCCCACGGCCACGGCCCCGGCCGUCGUCCCGACCCCCGAUGCUGCCCCCGUCGAAGAGGUCGCCGCCACCACCACCCCCGCCCCCGCCGCCACCACCGCUCCUUCCAGCGGCUCCUCCGGUCUGACUGCCGACCAGAAGGCCGCCCUCGACGCCCACAACGCCGCCCGCACCGAGGUCGGCGUCCCGGCUCUCGAGUGGGACGAUUCCCUCGCCGCCGGCGCCCAGGAGUGGGCCACCCACCUGCUCUCCGUCGGCUCCCUGACGCACUCUCAGACCGCCGACCAGGGCGAGAACCUGUACAUGCAGUCCAACACCGACAGCCCCUACGUCAACGCCGCCAACGCCUGGAUCUCGGAGAAGUCCGACUACAACGGCGAGACCAUCAGCUCCUCCAACUACAUGGGCUUCGGCCACUACACCCAGAUCGUCUGGAAGAGCACCACCAAGGUUGGCAUGGCGCUCGCCACCAACUCCCAGGGCACCUACGUUGUCGCCCGCUACUCGCCCCCCGGCAACUUCAUCGGCCAGAAGCCCUACUAG